AUGGACCAAUACGAUGAUGCUAACCCCGAAAUUGUUGGAUUAGGUGCCUCAAACUGCGUUGUCGCUCUAUACCCGAACGAUCCUGUACUAUAUAGGAUAUGUAUAAGAUCCACUAGCCUGCAACGUAAUAACCAGUUUCUUUUGGAAGAUUAUCAUUUCAUCAAUGAGACCAUACGCCCAUUGCUAGAUGAGUUUCUACUCGAAAUGGAACUUACGGCCUUAGAGCCAACGCUAUUUCAAAAGUGCCUGGAACCUUAUGUAAAAAAUUGGGACACUGACACUCUAUGGACUAUGAAAAUUCCUUCACUAAUACCUACUAAUAGUACCAAAAUAAUAAUCGACCAUUAUAGUUCAGUGCAUAUUGCCGUCGAUGGCAUCGUCAGUUGGGAAUUGAAGCCCAAGUGGCUCUACCAAUCCUCUGAGUACUGUAGAAAUUGCACACUCUGUCGCAUAAGAGGUAACUCAUGUAAACAUUGUUAUGCCAAGUUACUGGAGCCUGGGAACCAGAAGAAAAUGGUGGAAUCUAUAUUUGAAGGAAUACCAGUAAUGAGGAGUUUCAUUGAAGCAGCUGCAGAGUAUUUCGUACGGCCAGACAAUAUAUUACAAGUGCUGUACAAAGUACAACGUGACAUUGACUCAGCCCUGCAGCCAAUUGAGUCAGCAAGCGAUGUCACACCUCAGCAUUGCCUUUCCAUGACGCUCAAAGAUGUUUCAUGUUUCUUAUUUUGGCAUCCGGGCAGGGAAAUCAUCCCAAAAGUAAUAGACGUCGACAAGAAGCAACCCUAUCGGUGGACGAACUGGGCAGCGAUUGAAUCGCGAAUUGAGGAGUUCAGCGAGAAAGUAAUCCACUAA